UGCUGGCGGAAGAGGCGUGGCGUGAAAGCGGAAGCAGGAGAAGGGGAGCGAGCAAAACAAAGAGGCGGCGGUGGUGGCGGGAGCAGCAAUGGCGGGGCGCUGAGGUAAAGAGAAUGACAGAAAGGAAAUAUGGGAGAAUGUUGACCUUUCUGUGGUUGUAUAAUGGAAGGAAAUGAAAGAGAGGACAUCUGUACCAGAUCGCUUGGAUGGCUUCAAAGGCAAGAUAAUGAUGCUAAACCAUGGCUCUGGAAAUUCUCCAGUUGUUUUUCAACUACUGAACAAAGUUUUCCUCUUGGUCCCCAAAUGAACAAGUACAUGGAGAACAAAAAAGCUACAGUGGAGUUGAAAGCCACUCCAUCCCCUCAUCCUACUGCUUCAAAACAGUUUGCAGCUGUCCCCCUUCCAAGUGUGCACUCUCUCCAACAAACACAAAUACAACUUUCACCUGCUUCUAAAGUAAGCUGUUGUCCUCAUGGUUCUGACUCUUCCUCUCAUGCUCCUCAGCUACAUUUUGGUGGUGGCAGCACUUUGAUUCACCCUGGCACAGUAGUGGACUUAAAAGGCACCGGGACAGUCACUUGUCAAAUAGGGGCAGGAUUUGCUAAUCAGGCUGCAUCUUCACUCAAGAGUGGUGUUCCGGUUGGAAGCGGUGUAACAGGCGUUGCCAGCGACUUGUCCAGAGUGUGCUUGGAAAACAGUGUCUCUUCCUGUCCACACUUCCCAUGCUGUGGAAAGCUCCACUUCCAGUCCUAUCACAGUAAUGUACACAAACUGCAUCAGUUUCCUUCUCAUCAAAGCUGUACAACUUCGGGUUAUUUUUCCUGUUCUCAAUUCACAAGUGGGGCUGAAGGGCUUUUGAAGCAACACAUUUCACAAUCGGAGCAAAAGUCUUGUGUUUGCACCAACUCGCUGCACCUGAAAGUGGCACCUUCAGUUUGUUUAAAGGGCUCUCACUACUGCACUGAGUGUUUAAGUAAGCCAUCCAGAGACAGUUUGGUUGAGGCUGUUAAAAUAUGGCCAAAUAUUCCCCCUCCAAAUGCCCAAGCUGCUGCUCCUGUCUCCCUUCCCAUAUGUAAUGGCUGUGGAACCAAUGGAGCAAGAAAAGAGAAGACUUUACUCUUGGGAAACGGCUUUGGCACAUUGUCGCAGAAAUACGGGUCUCCAGAAGUUGCUAUAACAGGCCAGCUACUAGAAAACCUGCCUCCCAUUGGAGUCUUUUGGGAUAUUGAAAAUUGUUCAGUUCCUUCUGGCCGAUCUGCUGUUGCUGUGGUACAACGGAUUCGUGAAAAGUUUUUUAAGGGACACAGAGAGGCAGAGUUCAUUUGUGUGUGUGACAUCAGUAAAGAAAACAGAGAAGUUAUUGAAGAACUAAACAACUGCCAGGUUACAGUUGCACACAUUAAUGCCACAGCAAAAAACGCAGCUGAUGACAAACUCAGACAGAGCCUUAGAAGAUUUGCAGAUACUCAUGCUGCCCCAGCCACGGUGGUCCUUGUAUCAACUGAUGUGAACUUUGCUCUUGAAAUCAGUGAUUUGAGACACCGCCAUGGUUUCCACAUAAUCCUGGUGCAUAAAAACCAGGCUUCUGAAGCACUUUUACAUCAUGCUCAUGAACUCAUCGGAUUUGAAGAAUUUAUUUCUGAUUUACCUCCAAGAUUACCAGUGAAGAAGCCAGCAUGCCAUGCACUUUUAUAUGUUUACAACCUGCCAACAAACCGAGACAGCAAAAGUGUUUGCUACAGACUUCGGCGCUUGUCAGACAACUGCGGGGGAAAAGUCCUGACUAUUUCUGGCAACAGUGCCAUCCUCCGCUUCUUGAAUCAAGAUAGUGCUGAGCGUGCUCAGAAACGAAUGGAGAAUGAAGAUGUUUUUGGCAACAGGAUUAUUGUAUCCUUUACACCUCAAAGCAAAGAACUGGCUGAAACCAAGAAUGCGAGUAUGACAGGAGCAGACAAACUGAAGUCUCCCAAAAAAAUGAACAAAAACACAAAGCUGUGCCUCAUGAAUCGAGAAUCAAGUGAUCAGUCUUCUGCCAUAAAAACAACUGUGGGGAAAGGGUCUCAGGCACAUGGUGUAGCUCCAAAGAAUGCAAGUGUAAAGAGCUUACAGGAACUGUGUCGUAUGGAGUCAAAAACUCUGAAAAACUCUGAAAACUGCCAAGACCAGCUAAAAGAGAACUCCAUGUCAAGUUCGGUAUCUCCAGCACAUAAAAAAUCCGGAACAGGCGAAGCCAUUCAUAAAAACAAUCAGAAGAAAGAUUUACCUUCAGCAAGGAGUGUCAGCAACUCCCUAGUAGAGAGAAAAGAGAAGAAUGAUGUAUUCCAAGUUAGCUAUCCAUCUGCGUUCAGCAUGCUCAGUGCAUCGAGGCAACUCAGCCCUGUUUUGGUGUCUCAAAGCUGCUGGUCAUCAAGGAGUGUGUCUCCAAAUGUCUCAAACAGAUCUUCUCCUCUCACUUUCAAUGUCGUCAAUUAUACUGGUAAUACAGGAUGUCUAGAGCCAUACACAAAUGGAGUGGACAUUCAAAUUAGCAAUCUAGACUACAGAUUGUCCAGAAAAGAACUGCAGCAAACCUUGCAAGAAACAUUCUCUAGGCAUGGGAAGGUAAAGACUGUAGAACUCAGUCCUCAUACUGAUUAUCAGCUGAAAGCUUUAGUUCAAAUGGAAAAUCUACAAGAAGCAAUUACUGCUGUCAACAGUCUUCACAGAUGCAAAAUCGGCAGCAAGAGGAUCCAGGUUUCUCUAGCUACUGGAGCGACCAAUAAAUCUCUGGCAUUAGUUAGUGCAGAAGCCAUAUCCAUCCUUCAAGAUGCUCCAGCUUGUUGCCUGCCCCUUUUCAAGUUCACAGAGAUCUACGAGAAAAAGUUUGGACAUAAAUUAAAUGUGUCAGACUUGUACAGAUUAAGCGACACUGUAGCAGUCCGUGAUCAAGGCAGUAGUCGACUUGUCUGUCUCUUGCCCAGCAGUCAAGCUAGACAGAGCCCUUUGGGAUCUUCACAAUCCCAUGAUGGUUCUUCAGCUAACUGUAGUCCUAUAAUAUUUGAAGAACUGGAAUAUCAUGAACCCAUUUGUAAGCAGCACUGCAUAAAUAAUGACUUCAGUGAACAUGACUUUGACCCUGACUCUUACAAAGUUCCCUUUGUGAUUUUAUCUCUGAAGACCUUUGCACCCCAAGUUCAUAGCUUGUUACAGACUCAUCAAGGGACAGUGCCAUUGCUGAGCUUUCCUGACUGCUAUGCUUCAGAAUUUAGCAGUUUAGACAUGGUGCAAGAGGGCCAAGGAGGCGUUUCUUUAGAGCAUCUCAUUACUUGUAUUCCUGGUGUUAAUAUUGCUACUGCACAAAAUGGCAUCAAAGUUGUAAAGUGGAUACAUAACAAGCCACCACCUCCCACAACAGAGCCUUGGCUUCUGCGUUCCAAGAGUCCUGUGGGAAACCCACAACUUAUUCAGUUCAGUAGAGAAGUGAUAGAUCUCCUUAAAAAUCAGCCAUCAUGUAUCAUGCCUGUCAGUAAAUUCAUCCCAACGUAUCAUCAUCAUUUUGCAAAACAAUGCCGUGUGUCAGAUUAUGGGUAUUCCAAGUUAAUGGAGUUACUGGAAGCUGUGCCUCAUGUGUUGCAAAUUCUUGGAAUGGGCACCAAGCGCUUGUUGACGUUAACCCACCGGGCCCAGGUGAAGCGUUUUACUCAAGACUUGCUUAAGCUCCUCAAAUCUCAGGCCAGUAAACAAGUUAUUGUGAGAGAGUUCUUGCAAGCAUAUCACUGGUGUUUCUCAAAGGACUGGGAUGUAACUGAAUAUGGAGUGUGUGAGCUAGCGGAUCUCAUAUCAGAAAUCCCAGACACAACAAUCUGUUUGUCUCAGCAAGAUAAUGAAAUGGUCAUUUGCAUUCCGAAGAGAGAACGUACCAAGGAAGAAAUUGAAAGAACAAAGCAGUUCUCCAAGGAUGUUGUUGAUCUCCUUCGGCACCAGCCCUAUUUUCGGAUGUCUUUCAACAAAUUCAUCCCAUCCUACCACCAUCACUUUGGGCGGCAGUGCAAACUUGCCUACUAUGGAUUCACCAAAUUACUUGACCUUUUCGAAGCCAUACCAGAUGUCUUGCAGGUACUGGAAUGUGGAGAAGAGAAGAUCCUGACACUAACUGAUGUAGAACAACUCAAAGCUUUAGCUGCUCAGUUUGUUAAAUUGCUCCGAUCACAAAAAGAUAAAUGCCUUAUGAUGACAGAUGUGCUCACCGAAUAUGCUAAAACGUUUGGCUACCCAUUGCGUCUCCAAGACUAUGAUGUUUGCUCUGUUCCAGCUUUAAUACAAAAACUUUGUCAUGUUAUCAGGGUUGUUGAAACAGAAUCUGGCAAACAACUCCAGCUUAUAAAUAAAAAAUCUCUCCGGACCUUAACGGCUCAACUUCUGGUGCUUCUUAUGACCUUGGAUGAUGCCACGUUUAUUUCUGUUGAAGAGCUUAAAAGGCGAUAUGAAAACACACAAGGUUCCCCCCUUAAUCCAUGCGAAUAUGGCUUCAUGACGUUUACUGAUCUCCUGAUGAGUGUGCCUUAUUUUAUUGAGGUUUUUAUCGAUGGGGAGUUCGAAUAUGUCAAGCUUACAACCCUGUAUGUGUUUGCCAAGAAAGUGAGGUCUUUGCUUCAUACCUAUCACUACCAACAGAUCUUUCUUCAUGAGUUUUCAACAGCCUAUACCAAAUUUACAGGCGAAGUAUUGCACCCUAAAGCAUAUGGCUGCAGUAAUGUGGAAGAACUCCUUGGAGCGAUUCCGCCGGUCGUGUGGAUAAAAGGUCAUGGUCAUAAGAGGAUUGUUGUCCUAAAGAAUGAUAUGAAAACUCGUUUUAGCUCACCUAGUUUUCCUGUUGCUGAUGAAAUUUCUGAAAACCAGCUUGCUGAUGCCAAAAGACAAGCUACAGAGCCAGCAAGGGCAAGCGAAUCCUUGGAAUUAAAACUGGAAUCACAAAAUGCUGUUUCUAAUCAAACCGAACAAGAGCUGCUUUGCCUCAGAAAUACAUCGCCUGUUGAUCUUCUGUGUGAGCCGGUCCCUUCCUGCUUGCCUUCCCCACAGCUGAGACCAGAUCCAGUCAUUAUGGAAUCCAUGGACCUCAUUCUGUUUGAAGAACACCCAUCAACCUCUUCUGAAACUAUAGUUUUAACCGAAGAGAAAGAGAAGGCUGCCAGGGCCUCAGAAUCCGAAAACUUGCGCCACGUCCCCAUCGUCUCUGGUGUUGCAGAAAAUCCUUCAGUAUCUGAAUCCCAGCCGAGCAAAGAACUCACCGACAGUCCAGCCAGAAGGCAGCAUAAAAACCGAGUGAAAUUGGCAGCCAAUUUUUCACUUGCACCUGUAACCAAACUUUAACUCUUUUUUGUGGUGUGAAAAGCAACAUGUGGAUAGAUUUCACAGCAGAGUAAGCUAUCCAUGAUAUUCUUAAUCACAGAUCUAGAGCCAGAGGGAGAGGCACUUGUGUUCUCUUUGUCAUCUUUGUGAGCAUUAUGUUCAAUUUUACACUGAUUCCAGCUGGACGGGUAUGUUUUAUUUGAACUUCAAGAGUUUGUUGAGAAUAAAUUAACAUUUUACCUUUUUUCAUUCUCUAAAAUGUCAUCAAAAAAGGAAAUGAUAAAAACUUUGGUUUAGAGCAUGGAUUUAUGUUUCUAAAACCGCAUCCAUGAUGUGACCCUAUAUAUAAGUAUAGCAUAUAAAUCUGUAGGCUAUUUCUGAUAUGCAUUUCAGACAGUAAUCCACUGUGCAGUUUGUCUUGCAAAGCAGCGUGUUGGGGGUUAUUUUAAAUAAAUCUGUUUCUAGAUUGGAAAUAAACUUGCCUUUGGAAUUAAAUUGGUGAGGGAUGUUUUGGAUGACUUGUAACUGGGACUUUUCAAACGAUGACUGUGGAAAAUUGUCAGUUUGUUCCCCCAAAAACCCUUUUAAAUGCCUUCGGUAGUAAAUUCAUUUCCACUAAGGAGUCUUGUAGGAAGUUGAUGCUGUUUUAAGCUUCCCGUUUUUUAGUGCUCCAAGUUGAUGUUUGGUCUGAAUGAAGAAAAACGUCUUUGGUGCCAAUGCAUUUUGAGGUGAACGUCGAAGUGCUUCCUGCAUCUACUGAUGAGAUUCCUGGGAAUCUUCGAUAUUGCAAAAAAAGUAAAUAUGCAUUUUUAAGUGCAUAAAUUAUGAAUCACAGCAGUAGGUUAGAAGGCGCUUUUUAAAGGUGGAAGGUAAUAAUGUUACUUCCACUUGCACAGAAUUGUGAGCAGUGGACGGAAAUGCCAAGGUUAUGGUGCUUAACCUUGUUUUCUGACUUUUUAAACACAUAAUAAAUGGGAAGCUUAUUUUUGAGUUGGUUAGUUUUUAACUGUGUCUAGUUUUUAUUCUGGCAUUUACUUCGAGUGUUUGUUGCUGCUCUUUUGUGUUUGUGUGUUUUCCGUCCGGUUUCUCUGGUGGCGUUUUUUGUUGGCUUUGAAAAGGGCCAGCCUUUGUUGAAGGAGGCAAGUCAAUGAAGUCCAUUUUACUUCUUAUGGAGCUACAACAUCUUCUGGAGCUUUAUUACCCCUCUUGGGUAAAACUUGGCAUUUACAAUGGGUUGUAUUUGCCAGGCCAAGGAGACUUAUUGCUAGUCGAGAGGAAAGAAACUGCACCAAAGGUUUCAACUUGCCUGAGCAGAUAGAUAUGUUGGGUUUGCUGCUAUUUUGCAACCAUUGUAUUUUGUAAUGUACAAGAGAUUGAAAAGCAGGUCUAGAGUUCACAGCCAUCAACUGAAAAAAAAAUGCCACUCGAUGGCUAUAAGGCAACUUCUGAAAACUGGAUUUUGUUUAAAAAAUACUUUUAAACAAAACCAGGUAUUAACACAUGAUUGAACUAUAGCCAUUAUGAAACGCAGGGAAACACUGGAAGUCCCCCCCCCCCCUAAAAUCAUGGUUAAAGCACAGUGUGUUUCACAUCCUUCCUUUUCUUCUACAGACAUGGGGUUUAUAGGAAUAAAGUUUUAGAAUUUUUAAACAUUUCCUAAAUUUCUUUCUGAGAUCACUUUUCCAUUUGCCUUCUGUAUUGCCUGUAUGAAAUAAAGAUCUGUUCACCUUGUGUUUGAGCAGAAACAGUCAUCAUUUUGAGCUGCAAUUGCAAGUCAUCUAAAAUAACCUUCUAGGCUAAGUUUUGGUGAAAACGAGAGAAGUACUCAAAAUACAGAUGCAGUUCAGCCAUCUGUAGAGGAUUGGAAAUCUGUCUGGAUAUAUGCAAUUCUGACCUAGAUUGCUGUUUAAAAGUUAUAGAAUGCUAUUUGUUUUUCCACAGUGUGAGACCCAUCUUCAUUCAGUUUUUUUUUCUUUUUACAAAGGCUUGAAGAAAUAAUGUGACUUGGCUGAUUUUGAAUAGUAAAUUAAGACGAUGAAAUUCUUUACUUUACACAUUACUAAUUUUGAUUUCUUGACUAUUAAAAUAUAGACCGUAUCACUGAAUGAAGCCCUCGACUUGUGCACUCUCCAGAUGGGAUGGGUUGGGAGGAAAUGUUUAUAUUUCUCCUUUACUGUCUUCUUCAUUUGGAUAUUUCUGUGGUUCAAGUGCUGUUUUGUGUGUUGGGACCAAACAAUUGUCAAUAAAACUUUGAAGCAA